AGGGAAAAGGGAAAAGUGUACCCGGCCUGAGGGGAGAGAGUGGGAUAGAUCCGGGGAGAGGUGAGACAAUGACACCAAAUAAGAGUCCAGACACUUCCCUCAUCGACCUGGCUGUGAAGAUGAGGAAACAGGCUGAGACCAGGAAGGUGGUGCUGGCCUGGGGACUCCUCAAUAUAUCCGUAGCAGGCAUGAUCUACACUGAAAUGACUGGGAAACUCCUAAGCACAUACUACAACAUCACCUGCUUUCCACUCUGGUACAUUGAAUUUGCCCUGGCAGCCCUGUUCAGCCUCAAUGCCCUGUUUGAUUUCUGGAGGUAUUUCACCUACACAGCAGCACCGACCAGCCUGGUCACGAGUCCCAGCCAUCAGAUCAUGGGCUGGCUGCGCAAGGCAGCUGUACAAAUCACCCCUCCACGGGAGCCAGCAGCCAAGAGAGUGCUGUCCCUGACACCGUCACCACCGAUCCAGGGGCAGUGUGUACUGAGCUACAGCCCCUCCCGCUCUCCCAGUGCCAGUCCCAAGUUCUCUGGGAGCUGCCUGAGUGGCUACAGCCCCCAGCUCCAGGCUCUGGCAGGGGCCAGCCCCUCUCACAGCACCUCUGUCACUUACUCACCCAGCAGCAGCUACAGCAAGGUUUCCAGCAGCUUCAGCCACUCUCCCAAUGGAUCUCCCUAUUCCAUGAGUGUGGGACCUGUGGACAGCAGUGGGAUAAGGUCUCACUACAGAUUCUCCCCCAUUCGCUACAAUAAUUCCACCUGCAAAGACGACUGCAUAACUGAUGUCAAAUCCCUGGACACCUUCCUGAGGAAUGAGGAGGAGAAACAGCACCGAGUUCAGUUAGGGAGCUCAGAUUCCAGCUCUCCCUCCAGCAGCCCAACAUUUUGGAACUACAGCCGGUCUAUGGCAGACCAUGCACAGAUCCUGAGGAAGUUCCAGUACCAGCUGGCCUGCAGGUCCCAGGCUCCUUCUGCACACAAGGAUGAAGCUGAUCUCAGCUCCAAACAAGCUGCAGAAGAGGUUUGGGCACGGGUGACAAUGAACCGGCAGCUCCUGGAUCACAUGGAUUCCUGGACAGCCAAAUUCAGGAAUUGGAUCAAUGACACCAUUCUGGUGCCACUUGUGGAAGAGAUGGAAUCUGUGAGCACUCAACUGAGGAGGAUGGGCUGUCCAGAACUGCAGAUUGGAGAAGCCAGCAUCAGCAGCCUCAAGCAGGCAGCACUGGUGAAAGCCCCGCUCAUCCCGACCCUCAACGCUCUGGUGCAGUACUUGGAUCUCACCCCCAACCAGGAAUAUCUGGUGGAAAGGAUCAGAGAGCUUUCCCAGGGGGGAUGCAUGAGCUCCUUCCGAUGGAACGGAGGAGGGGAUUUCAGGGGCCGGAAAUGGGACACAGACCUUCCCACCGACUCCUCGAUCCUGAUGCACGUGUUCUGCACUUACCUGGACUCCAGGCUCCCUCCUCACCCAAAGUAUCCCGAUGGCAAAACCUUCACUUCCCAACACUUCAUCCAGACUCCAGAUAAACCAGACACUUCAAAUGAAAACGUGUUCUGCAUCUACCAGAGCAGCAUCAACCCACCCCACUACGAGCUGAUCUACGAGUGCCACGUCUACAGCCUGCCCAAGGGCAGGAACAACAUGUUCCACACCUUGCUGAUGUUCCUGUACAUCAUAAAGACGAAGGAAUCUGGGAUGUUGGGCCGUGUAAAUCUGGGUUUAUCAGGAGUCAACGUCUUGUGGAUCUUUGGGGAAUAAUGGGACAGAGCUCUGGGGGACAGCGCUGCUCUGAGGGAUGAGCUUGGACUGAAAUGUGGAUCUGCUACAAAACAGGAUAAUUAAAACUCAGCUUUGUGGACAGAAGGAGGAAGUGCCUAUGAUUCCAGUGUGGAUUUUUUCAAGGCAUUACAAAGAAUAUUUUACUGUGGAAAUGCUCCUGUGAAUGAACUCCAGGCAGGAGUUUUCUCUUUCCUGCUCCCACCUCCACCAGUCCUGUUUAAACUGAGCUUUGCUGAUCUCAGAUGAAACUAAACCAAGCCUCUUUUGAGGGUGCAGCUGGAACAGCCUCCCCAAGGCUGUGCACAUCUGUGAGCACUUGGAAGGAUAAAACAACUUGGACAGCUUCAGGAUCCAAGAAAUUCCAAGUCCGGAAGCUCUGACUCAGUUUUGCUUCAUUUUAUUCUGCAUGAUAAAAACUAAUUAAUUUUAUCCCCGAUUAUUGGUGUAAUCAUGAUUUCUGACCCCUCGAGCUGAAAAGAAGGGAUAAAACCAUGUUUGUCUUGCUGAGUUCAGCAAAUAAGGAUUUUACUUCCAUUUUCAGUUUUUAUUUCCAUUGUUUUGUACAAAACCAGCGUGGCCCCCUCUCUUAGGGAGCCUUGUGAGCUCUGAACUCCCCGGGUUCCUUCACUGCCACCAACUGUCACCUGCCUUAGCUUUUGAAUUUAAUUUUCCUUCAGCUUUUUUUCACUAAUCACCACCGAAUUUGGGAGCUUUAUGCACCUUGGUGGGAAACCAGGCUCUACACACCCCCAGGUUUCUGGAAUGUACCUUUUUUGGUAAAAGCACUUAGAUUUCCUUCAAAGAAAGGAUCAAUCAAUAUUUGUCAAAUUUCUCUAAGGGGGAGAAGGAGAAUGUGUUGUAAAUUGUGGUAAAUUAAUAUUUUAGAAGUGUGUCUAUAGAACCAUAAACACAUGGAAUCAUUGUACUGUAUUUUUUACU